UAUGCUCAGUCCCUAAACCCAAACCAGCCAAUCGCAAUGGCAGACGAAAUCGACGUCGCCGACAUCUUCCAAGACCCCGAGGGGUACUACCCCCCGGAAAAAGAACCCACCUACGCAGAGCACCACAUGCUCUCAGGUCAGAAAGUGCGCGUGCGUCUAGUCGGAAGCCACCCACUCUACGGCGAUUUACUCUGGAACGCUGGCCGAACGAGCUCGCACUAUCUCGAACAACACCGCGAUUUGGUGGAUGGGAAGAAUGUACUGGAGAUUGGUGCUGCGGCGGGUGUGCCUAGUAUCGUGAGCGCGAUUCUGGGCGCGAGGACAACCGUUAUGACGGACUAUCCGGAUCUGGAUCUUGUUGGGAACAUGCGCUACAAUGCGGAACUCGCUGCGCCGUCGAUCGACUCGAGCAAAUCGUCGCUGUACGUUGAGGGGUAUAAAUGGGGGGCUACCGUUGAGCCGUUGAUCGCGCAUCUACCCGAUAACCAGACGACAUUCGAUACUUUGAUCAUGGCGGACGUGGUGUAUAGCCACCGCGAACACCCGAACCUGAUCAAGACGAUGCACACGACGCUGAAGAAAUCGCCGGAGUCUGUUGCGCUGGUUAUUUUCACACCGUAUCAGCCGUGGUUGUUGCCCAAGACGGAGAAGUUUUUCCCGCUGGCGGAGGAGAAUGGGUUUACGGUGACGAAGAUCUUUCAGAAGGUUAUGGAUGAUGUGCUUUUUGAGAAGGAUCCUGGUGAUGAAACGCUGCGGAAGACGGUGUUUGGGUAUGAGCUUCGGUGGGCUCCGGAGCAGUUGAAAUGAUGACUUAUGAUACGAGAAAACGACUAAAAGUGAUUUAUAGCAUAGACAUGGGU